AUGGAGGCCUGCAGUAUGCAAGUGGCUUGUCUGGGUGCUCUGACUGAUGCCAAGCGUGGGAGUCGGUACUCGGUAUUCUCGCAGCCAGAGCAGAAGAUUGCGGCGGGACAAGUGACACUACAAGACAUUCUGGCCGGCAUAGCAAGGCAGAAACUGCUUCGCUCUGACAGGUACCGCAUCGCGCUUGCCGUCGCCUCCUCACACCUUCAGCUGCACUCCACGCCCUGGGCGAGAAAGCAGUGGGAGGCCAAAGACAUCUGCUUCCCUUGCACUGGCGCAGAAAGUUCGCACAUCAUGUUCGACCGGCCGUACGUAGCCGCGACGUUCAGUAGCCAAUCGCCAGGCGAGCAGCGACAAGCGAAGCGGACAGACAGAAGUUUUGGGUGUCUCGGCAUCAUGCUGCUGGAGCUGCUCUUUGGCAUCAACCUCGAAGACAGCGACCUCUGGGAACGUCUAGGGUUCGAGGGUUCGAAGGAGAAGUCGUUCUUCCGUCUAAUCAUCGCGCGUGCCUGGGCGGAUGCGGUAGAAGGCGAAGCCGGCCCUGACUUUUCAGCCGCGGUAAUGUGGUGCCUGAAUGAGUCUCCCACCACACUUGAAGGAAAUCAGUGGCGCCAAGAUUUCGCGAAGAAGGUGGUGCUUCCUCUACAGCAAUGUUGCGACUGGAUGCAAGCAAAGCCGCCUGUGAGCUGA